AUGCAUGAGCAGCCUGUUCGAUCACUAUGGCAGGCGCUACAUGGAAUAGUAUGUGUUCACAAACCCCGUGAUAUGUCGAUUAGUGCACUGAAGCGACACCUCAUCGCUGCCAUAUGUGAUGGGGCCAACAAAUACUGCUCCCCAUUGGUGGUGCCACGCAUUGAGAUGCCAGUGGUGGAGGCACACCCGGUCUCACAGGCCCCCGUCGUCAUCGGAUUACGAAAACAGCCCGACUACAGUUAUUGUAAGUCAUACUUUUAUUACACAUAUUGGUACGUAUAG